GUCAGUUUCCCAUGGUUUCUGCGAGUUUGCGAGUGAUAAGACGAUUGUAGAAGUAGAAAAUUAUGGUUUUAUUAAUAAUUUCAAUAUCAAAAUAAAAUAUAUGGGCUGUCUAUGUUAGCCGAAGGUACGGCCCACGUUAUAUUUGCCUCAGGGCAAUAAAUUCACGGCAGGAACCAACGUGAAGUGAAGUUUUCGCAUGCAUCGAUUUUUCGAUAAAAGUCUUAUUAGUACUGUCUGGUCAUUAAGACCGAGUUGAAGAGAAGUGUAAAGUUCACUCUUCAGAAGUUGAGACACGCCUAGAUUGGCUAUGUUUUUGAGUUAACGCCAGCUUCUAGUGUAUGUUUUUGGAGCUUUUUAUCUUGGAAGAAGUUAGUAUAAAAUGGCGAGUGGAUCCUGGGAAGAGUUCUUCGCGGUGCACCUGCCUCCCACGGACUUCGAAGACAACCGGUCGCUGCUGAAGGAGUUCUGCGAGAGACACGACCAGUACGGAAACAAGAUUGUCCUUGUAACUUCAGGAGGAACAACGGUCCCCCUGGAGCACAACACGGUGCGGUUCGUGGACAACUUCAGCGCGGGCACGCGCGGCGCGGCGUCCGCCGAGUACUUCCUGGAGCACGGCUACGCGGUCAUCUUCAUGCACCGCCAGAAGUCGCUGGAGCCGUUCACGAGGAACUUCAGCGGGCAGAAGCUGUUCGACAUGCUGGACCUGCAGGAACGAGGACCUAACACUACUAUCACUGUAAAGCAAGACAGCGUAUACGUGCUGGCACCCAUCCUGGCGCGAUAUCAAGCUGCGCACGCGGCGGGGGCCUUGCUGCACGUGUCGUUCACCACAGUGUCGGAGUACUUCUGGCUGCUACGAGCCGCCUGCGAGGUGUUGGCGCACACCGGAGCGCGCGCGCUGCUGUACCUCGCCGCCGCUGUGUCCGACUUCUAUGUACCCAAGGAUAGAGUUCCUACCCACAAGAUGCAGUCGGCGAGCGGGCCGCCAGUGAUCCAGCUGCACUUGGUGCCCAAGAUGCUGGCGCCGCUCGUCAACCUGUGGGUGCCAGAAGCGUACGUGGUCUCCUUCAAGCUGGAGACCGACGAGAACCUUCUCAUCCCUAAAGCGCGGGCGGCGCUCGACAAAUAUAAACACAAGAUGGUAGUGGCGAACAUGCUGCAGACACGCCACCAGAGGGUGAUCCUCGUCACUCCUGACUCCAACCAGGAGAUAGUGCUCUCUAGAGAGGAAGUGCAUGCAGGCAUAGACAUCGAGGGUCUGAUCGUGGCGGAUAUCGUGCGGCAGCACGCCGCGCACACCACGCGCACCGCGCCGCCGCCGCGCCCCGCGCGCUGAGACUCGCGCGCGCGCCUGCCGAGGCUCUACCUCACCGACUAGGCGCCGCCGAACACCCCACCCACGAUAAACAUACUCGCGAAAGACGAAACUAACACCCCUCACAAACGGUGAACUAAACGUAAUUACAGUGUGACUACAGUGACAAAAGUGUACAAACUACACAGUGAAUAUCUUUAAUCAGGGUUACAGAUAAUCAUUUUUCUCUAGAACACCCGGCAAGUUGUGCCGCCAAGCGAUUUAGCGUUCCGGUACGAUGCCGCGCGGAAAUCGAUAACCGGAUAUCCUUCCGGUUAUCGGUGUCUACUAUAUUGUGUCUUUUAACGUAUUAUUAAUGGCGUGAACUUCAUAGUUUAAUAAUUGUGGAUAUAAAACCUUAUUGUAUGUCAGAAGCCUAGUAACAUUUCAAGUUAGCUUACGUGACAAAUAAGUCGUGAUAGCCUAGUUGUUAAGACGUCCGCAUCCUAUUCAGAGGUCGGGGGUUCGAUCCCAGGCACGCACUUCCAACUUUUCGGGGUUAUGUGCGUUUUAAGAAAUUAAAUAUCACUUGCUGUGCAAAGAAAACAUCGUGCGGAAACCUACAUGUCUGAGAAUUCUCCAUAAUGUUCUCAAAUGUGUCAAUCUGACAUGAUGAUCAAAAAUGAAGUCUGCCAAUCCGCACCUGGCCAGCGUGGUGGUCUACCGUCAAAUCUUUCUCGUUAGAUUCACCCGUAUGUAGUUAGCUAGUGAUGGGUUGGUGAAACAUGCGUAAAGAGCCUUAGGGCCUGUUUUACAACCACCAGAUAAACUGUAUCUAACGAAUUUUGACGUUAUGACAGUUUUUGUAUGGAAAAUGACAAUGAUAUAGUUUAUCUGGCGCUAGUGAAACAGAUCCUUUAUAUGUCAUGUAGUAAGAACGUGCAAAUGUAAUGACUUGAUAUCUCUGUGACUAAUAGCAAGUUAAAAGUAUAGUUCGCGACAGGUCGACAUGGCAAUCGGGGCAUGAGGUGAGUAGUGGAGGGGGGCACACUCCGCACACCCGCGCAGUGUCCGUAUCCCGCACCGGGUUAGCGCGGGGGUUGUCUGUGUGUGCCGGGCGUCCCCACCCCCACCCUGUCGUGAACUAUAACUUCCAUAUUGUCAGGUUUGUUAACUUGAAAACUUACAAAAAGCGCUCAGAAUUUACUAUCAUAGAUAGUUGAAUGUUAUUUUAAGUUUUAAGAAAAACUGAUAGAAUAUACUUUGUAUUAAGGACAUGAAUAUUUUAUGUAAACAUAGCUUUAAAUGUUUGGUGUUAUGAUAAUAAUUUUAUAUUUAUCCUGGGUAUAUACUAGUUGUAACUUGUAGUUAUUACUCUAUCCACGGGAAGAAGUCAGUGUAGCGCUCUCUCUGUUACAUAAUGCCAUACAAAUGAAGGAGACAAAAAUCUCAGUCGGCGUUUUGAUAC